CGACUGGACUAUUGUGUGACCGUUGUGGACAUCACAUGCUUGGACGGCCGUAGAUGAAGAUUUCGGUAAUAGCUGACUUUUGAUGUAUUGGGCUUGCUGUGUUGUGUAGUUUAUCGCCAAAACAAAUAAUACAAUAGAUCCGGGAUUAUGACAGAAGUUUGAAACUUAAUUAUUUUUAGCCUGUUUUCAAUCGUGUUCACUGUUUGGGCUAUGGAGUAUCCGAGCAUGUGAACAUGUGUCGUACGUAAUUACAUGUGUCGUACGUAAUUACAUAUGUUGUACGUAAUUACAUAUGUCAGGCGUUACAUGUACUUGUGCUUAUUCAAUAGGAUGUUAGCUGAUCUAAGGAUUUUUCCAAAGGAUGUUUCUCCACUCUGUCCUUCAUUCGACCAGACAUGGGAGAUAACUCUGUCCAGUCCACAUUAGUCUCCUCUCCAUCUGGCUCAUGUUGCUUUUCCUACAAGUUUGGUCACCAUAGUUAAAGCGGACACUACAACUUUAACUACACGAGAACUUUACAAAGGAUUCAGACUUGAAAGCGACUUUUACAAGCGAUUAAUUACUAUACCUACUGUGAUUUUGUUUCACUUUUAAAAUUUCACUUGAUGAUGUGGAUAUAAAAUUCAUUAAUUUUACGAAUUAUUUGUCUGCAGAAUUAUAAUGUGUUUAUUCGAUCUGAUUACCAGCUGAGUUGAAGAUGGAGAUCAUGUGAACAUUUUAUUUAACCGGAUCGUGUGAGUUACGUGAAAAGCUUCUCGGUGAAGUGAUUUCUUCGUCAAACGUUCACAAUGUUGACGGACAAGGGGAUCGUGCGGAAGAUGAAUCUCGAACAUUUGAGUGCGACGGAGUGUGAGAAAAUCUUACAAGUUCUCCAGAAAGAUUUUGAAUUGCGACAGAAGGAAAAGACCCGGCUAGAAAAAAUCGAAGAAGAUUUGAAGGAAGAGGAUACAAAGACAGAGGUUCUCGCGAAGAAAACAAAACUGAACGAGAAUGUUUGUAUCCGUUGCUGUCAGACGUUUGGCCUCAUUUUCAACCGUAAACAAACCUGCGGUCACUGUCACCUGAACAUCUGUAAAUCGUGCUGUUCCCGCGACAUGGAAAAGGGAGGAUUCGUCUGUAACGCCUGUGUCAAAGAACACCAACUGAAGCUGCAGUCAUGUGACUGGUUCUACAAUAACGUGAGUCGACGUUUCAAGCGUUUCGGCAGUGCCAAAGUCGUCCGUACAUUGUACAAACAGCGGGGAGAUUCUGACAAUGAGAGUGACAGUGGCUAUGAUCCAUCCCUCUACUCGUCCUUCAAGAGUACUUCCCUCCAGUCUGUGGUACGACAGCGACCCGCCCUGGCUGGCGUGUUUCCUUCACACAAAAUGAGGGAGGACGAUGAUCAUGUUGAUCCAGUAUUGCCGCCCCCGCCACAGUUUGAGAGCGAUCUAUUUACUAAACCCCAGCCCCCGGUUGUCGUCACUCCUGUCCAGACAACCAAUGAAAACACUCGUUUGGAGGAAAAAAAUACACAAAAUCAGGAUGAGGGAACCCGAGAUAUAUACAAGGAAGCCUUUCUCUCUACAAAAGACGCAGAAGAAAAGAAGUUUGAGACACGAUUCAGCGGAUUAUUAUCGGAACUCCAAUUGUCUCUCCAGAACCAGUCUCCGAAUGGAGUGACCUACAGCACAUCAUAUGGAGGGGUAAUGGUUACCUAUACCGGACGAUUACGAGAGUUAUUGGUAGGCGUGUCGCAACGUUUGGAACUGGCCAUCGAAAGUUUUGAUAAUAACUCAAACCAUUCAACAGAAGCCACAUCUGACAAAGUCCGACAUUUAGUUUCUAAACUCGUUGAAAACAGUCUCGGAGAGUCCAUUGACUUGACAUCAGACGAAGCCGUCUCUGACUUGUCUUCACUCUCCGACGAGGACUCGGAAGGCCACAAAUCAUUUGAGGACCAACUGGCCCAGGCGGUCAUCUCUAAGGUUUUAGAGAACCAUAGAAAAGAGACCGGUUUACAGUCGCUGAGGCAUCCUCACCAGAACAAUAUCAUCGAGGAAAGAGAUCACAAGGACUCCGUAUUAAGUUCAAGUACUGUUGAUCAGGGUAACGGAGACUCUUUACAAAACUCUGACACUGAUCAAGGUCAGGCAGAAUCUUUACAUGAGGAUGAAGUUGAUAAUUAUAGUCCUCAGAAUUCAUACGUAGUGGUAGAGGAGGAUGUGACUCCAGACAUUACAGAGUUCAAAGGUCAUCAACAUCACAGUGGCACAGACAAUUUCAUAGACUACAAACAUCAGAGUGACCUGAAUUAUGAUAAAAAUAGAUCUAAAGGUGAGGUCAGAGGUCAUGUAGAUAAAAUAAGUGAAGAACACCGAGAUAAUGUUACACAAACAAAUGCGAAAGAGUUCCAAGUUCAAGAAGAUGAACACAUAAAUGAAGGGUUAGAGUUUAAAGGUCAUACAGGUCAACAAGUUCACAGAGAGAUCAAAGAUCAUAAAGGUGUGGUUGACAGUAGAGAGGUCAAAGUUCAAAAAAGAAGUGCUAGUGAAGAGCUCUCUCAGUUAGAGGAUGAUGAUAAUAUUGAUAAGAGAGAGGAAAAGGACGAUGUGAUCGAGGAGAAAUUUGAGGAAGAGACGAAUACUACAGAGGAACAUUGUGCUAAUGAAAAAGUUCCUGUCGAUCCAAUUAAUGAAAUAAGAAAACUUAAAUCAUUUCUGAGUGACAUUUCUCCGCGACCUCGUGUACGAAGAGUCGUAAUAGAGGAUGAACCAUGUGAUAUUGAAGAGCCGUUAAUUGAACCAGAACAGGUUUAUCGUGAGGAAAGCCAGCAGGACUUUUACACCAAGUGUACUGCCAUAGACUACGCACACGAACACACCGCAUCUCUCCCGGACUUCGAUGUCUCCGACUUCGAGUUAAAUUCUAACGAAAUUGAUCCAGAUUUGUUAUCCAUGAAUCUAGCUCCAAUUCUCGAGGAGGAUGAGGAGGGGGAGGAGGAUGAGGAUGAAGAAGAUAAGGUGACAGACUGGCGGGGGAAUUGGAUAUUCAAAGGAAAUUCCUUUGUAUCCCCGUACGCCAACAUGGGCAAGAAACUCAUCGGCGGUGAGGAAAUCGGACAGAUCUACAUGACCAUUCCGGAACCUUACCAAGAGUUGGCGCCGCGGGUCGGCAACAGAGAAGCGAGUGAUAUAUUUUCUGACCUAUCAGACGAUGACGAUGAAAAUGAGGACAAUUUAAGCGAUGAAGAAACGUCAUUCUACGCCAAAACGUCAGAGGAGAUUGCUCGAAUAACGAGGAAAGGCUCCUUUUCACAGUCGGUGCAAACAGAUGAUUCCGACCUUGAUACUUCAAGGGACCAAUGGACAUCAGACUCAGGGGUCAAAGGUCAAAGUGCAAAAGUUGAUGUAAGUGAAAGUAGUGCUGAUGAUUCUAAAACGAAAUCUGCCAAAAAGUUGAUUGAGGAGCUAAUCCCGGCUGAGAAUGGCGACCCUAAGUUUGAAAUUCCACCUGAGAGCGUAACGGUGCCGGAAGGUGAACCUGCCAAAUUUACGUGUCGUGUCGGGGGGACGGAUCCAACAGAUGUGUUUUGGUACAAAGUGGAGGAUGAGCUAAAAGAGUUAGAGGAGGCGGAACAGUUUGAUGUUUCUCGGGACGGAAACCGACAUCACAUGACCAUGUAUUACCCGGUCAAGGACGACGCCGGUCAGUACAUGGCUAUAGCGGUCAAUGAGAAGGGACGGUGCUGUCAAUAUUUAGUGCUCAAAGUCAAAAAAAAUACACAAGACCUGAAACCUCCAGAAUUCCUAAAAGGAAUCCAGGAUGUGGAGGUCACGGAAGGUCAAACUGUAAAGUUCAGAUGUAAGGUCAAAGGUUAUCCCCAGCCAAGGGUCAUCUGGUACAAAGACGGACAGAGACUGAAAAGUGACUCAAAUUAUAAAUUAGAGAAAUACGGUAACCGUGACUACCUGAUGACAAUUGACUGUGCAACAAUGAACGAAGAUGCCGAGUACACUGUCAUGGCCAAGAACAUCGCUGGGGAGGUCAAAUCCAGCGCUCAGCUGAUAGUGGAGCCAGAGCAACCAGAGGAAACUUUUAACUCACUACGAACGUCGUUCUCCUUUUCCUCGUCAUUUUCUGAUGACAAGAGGACAAAGCCUUCGAGGGUAGAUCAGAACAUCUCAAACCUCAGUAGGAAAAUGAUGACGACGAAGGACAACGUCACCAAUGUGGCAGAGGAUAUGUUAUCUACUGCAAAUGAGAAAAAUGCUGCCAAAAAUGUCCGACAAGUAACAUCAUCAGCAUUUAAUGUUCUCAACACAACAAGGGACACAAUUGACUCUGAAAAAGAGGAUGAUGGUUGCCUAGCAACAAGUACACCCCGCCAGGAGGGACAGAGCCCAGAUCUGCAUUUAAAAAUGGACAGCUCAAACAGGAAUUCAAAUUCUCCGGAAAUCACAAUUCAGCCGCAAGUACAACAGAAAAAAUGGUACAAUUCCUCCGCCUACCCUGUCGAGUCCUUCAGUUCAUACGUUUACCCGAAAACUUCGGAUAUAAGUUCAUCUGCCAGUGAUACAGACGCCCUAAAUGUGAGUAAUGAUAUUAUUUCUCGGACAGAAAACAUGUCGGUGCAAUCAGAAAUCGUUCUUCCACCAUCUUCUAUAAGUGAUGUCAAACAUAGUGAUUCUCAAAGUGAAAGACUUCCAGUGACAGGGGAUACGGUCAAGAGUUUAUCUGACAUUGAAGCUAAACAGGAAGUGGAACCUCAACAGGAAGUGGAACUACAACAGGAAGUGGAACUACAACAGGAAGUGGAACCACAACAGGAAGUUAUGUCACAACAUUUAUUACCACCAUCACCAACACAUCAGAAAGUGAAAGUGGUCACUGUGGUCAAUACGGGGCCAAAGAAACUCUCAAGCUCUCAGUUCAACAGAGACUUUUUUGUCAACACGACACCGACAAUGCCGCGGAAACGUUGGGAGGUUAACACGUCGUACAAGUCUACGACACCUCCAGUCAACCGUGACAAUUCCCUGGAGGAUACGCAGGAACAGAUCUACAUGACAGCGAGUAAGGUUUAUGACCUUGAGGAGACUGUAGGCGACCUUCAAACUCAAGUACAGGAUGUAGGGGAGGAGGAACGCGAGGCUUUGGAUGUUUUAGAGGAUGCCGUGGCCCAGACCGCGGCCGAUGUUCAUUGUACAGAACAGGAAGUAUCAUCCAUUGAAUCAUCAGUGAACCAAAUCAAAUUACGCGCUCUACCUACCACAAUUAUCGGUCAAACUAGUGAAGCGGAACUGCCAGAAAGUCGGACAGAAUUAAACGAGGAUUCCGGAAUCAAGGAGCUGCCAUCGGUGAAUCGGUUGAAGGCCAUGUUUAGUAAUCCUGCUGACGAAUCAUCCAUAAAGCGGGGUGUGCCUACUGACGGGGUACACAGCAUCACCGCUAGAACUGUGCCGAAAGAAAAAUUAGAGCGAUUCCGUAAGAAGUCUUCAUCGGAGUUUGACGAAUCAGCAGAAGACCAACUUGGGAGAAAAAGUCAUUUAACCGUUAACCUGACUCCCACUCCCAAGAUCACAAUUCAUGACGAACCUACACAAAUUUUCCCUGAAGCAAAAGGCGAAACAUUUCCAGCAUCAGUACCCAAGCAAACACCAAUCAAAACUACAGUUACAUCUCAGGUCAAAGUUCAACCAAAGACAAAAUCUCCUGUCACUCAUCAAAAAAGUAUGGCGCCACCAGCUCCUAUUGCCCAGGCAGGUAGUACCUCGAAAAAACCAACUGGUGUCAGUGAGAAAAAAACAACAACAAAAAUAAGAUCCGGGUGUAUCGCUGCCAGAGCAAACUUCUGGGAGAAAAAGAUUCAGGAUCCCCAGGAUGUUUUGGAAGAUGAAUUCCCAGAUAUGGUUGUCCAUGUUCAGGAGUAAAAGGCAUUUAAAACAAGGUUGUAACCUUCUCUUCCCUGAAGUGCAGCUGUCUCCCAGUUGGAUUCUGUUUAUACCGUCUCCUGAUUGGAUUCCAUUUAAUCACAUGACCAGUACACUGUCUCCUGAUUGGAUUCCGUUUAAUCAAUGACCAGUACACUGUCUUCUGAUUGGAUUCCAUUUAAUCUCAUGACCAGUAGACCGUCUUCUGAUUGGAUUCCAUUUAAUCACAUGACCAGUACACCGUCUUCUGAUUGGAUUUCAUUUAAUCACAUGACCAGUACACUAGCUGUCUCCUGAUUGGAUUCCAUUUAAUCACACGACCAGUACACCGUCUUCUGAUUGGAUUCCAUUUAAUCACAUGACCAGUACACUGUCUCCUGUUGUAUUCUGUUUAAUCACAUGACCAGGAUUCUGUGUCCUGAUUGGAUUCUGCUUAGUCACAUGACUGGUUUACUGCCUCAUUCUGUUUAAGUAACCCACUGCCAAAUGUUUUAUAAAAUGUCUCCUUUUUCUGAGUAAUCCACAGCUGGAAAGAAUUAUGGACGAUUUUUAUGGCUGUGUCUCUUUAUACCUGAAUCCACAAGGUAAAUCAUUAUAAAUACAAACAUCUGUGAGAAUAUUAUGAUACUGAUCAUACAUUAAAAUAAACAUCAUCUGUUAAGGAUAUGUGAAAUCAUUGUCAAUUAUAAAAUAAGGAUGAGUUUGAAUCUCUUUAGUGACAAUGUCACUCAAUUUCUUAAUGCUUAUAUCUUAACAAAUUCUUGAUACAUUGGUUUUUUUUUUGUUUUUUUUGUUUUAAUCAUUGAAAUUCCAUCCAAGCUAUAAAUAAUUACUUAGAACAGAUCAUUUCCUCCAAAACCAAAAUAUUCCAGAUUUAUGAAAAAAUGUAUAUGUGCGACUGUGGAAUCAGGGGAGGCAACUCUUACUUUAAAAUUAAAGUAGAUGGAAAUUUGUUCUGUAUUUUAUCCUGUAUAUAUUAAAAUUUAAUAUUCAGUUAUUGAUUCAUUGUGUUUAUCAGGUGUGAAAACGGUAUGGUUGAGUCUGAGAGAGAUCAGAGAGAGCAGAUCUGUGAAUGUUUAAUUGUGCACUAUUUUGUAAAGCAUAAAGUUUAACAGCAAUACUUUAGUGGUCAUCUGUCUUACAGAGAAAAAACUGAGUAGUUUUCUUUUUAAAAUUACUAAAAGUUUUGGUAAUGGAUAUAAUUUUGGAGGAAGCUAAAAUCUUAAAACUUCAUUUUAUAUCUCGCCUGUACGGCGAAAUUGCAAAGUGAUCAGACUUAAUGGUGUUAUAUAUGUACUUUUCUGGCGUGUCACAGCAGAGUUAUAUUUGUACAAUCAGGGAUUUUCCUACAAUUUUUCAACUGGGUCCAGGGUCCAUUGAAUCGGGGACAAAAUGUGACAUUGGGAAAAAUAAAAAUAGUGAAAUUCAUACAAAUUUCUCUUUGAUGAAUAUUGCCUUUAUAUUAUUUUUGAAUUAAUUUUAUCAUCUGUAGCUAAUUUUUAUUUUUCAAAAUUGCCUUAAUAUAGGUCUUUGUAUAUAAAAUAUAUUUAGUCAUUCAAAAGUAACUUCAAAUUUGGAAUUUUUUAAGUGGCAAAUUUGGAAUUUUCAUUUGAUUGUUUUAGAGGAAUAGGUCGAUCCUUUUAAUGGACCCUGUUUCUAUCGUAGGAAAAUCCCUGACAGUGUUAUCAACAAUUAACUUUUAUUGCAUAUAGAGCUGUUGCUCAAAAAGACCAGCCCAACUUUAAUAAACUUUAUUGUUAGAUCAUUUAGUGGACAUCUUAACACACAUGAUGUACCAUUCAUUUACAGAAUAUCCUGCAGAUUUUAUGAUCCAGCGAUUCUGGUAUUCAGGAAUGCUAGGGAUCUGGACUUCAUGGUAUUGUGUUGAGCUCAGUUUCUCGAAAAGUAUCAGUUUUAAUCCAACCAAACCAGGAAUAUAUUUGCUCAGUGGUAUGGACAGUCAACAUGCCCUACAGAUUACACAAGAUACAGGGUGUUAGGGGUGAUAUCCUGGGUACAGGGUAGAUAUGGUCUGUACAGCUACACGUGUGGGGUAGAUAUGGGGUGUUAGGGUUGAUAUCCUGGGUACAGGGUAGAUAUGGUCUGUAGAACUACACGUGUGGGGUAGAUAUGGGGUGUUAGGGGUGAUAUCCUGGGUACAGGGUAGAUAUGGUCUGUAGAACUACACGUGUGGGGUAGGUACGGGGUGUUAGGGGUGAUAUCCUGGGUACAGGGUAGAUAUGGUCUGUAGACCUACACGUGUGGGGUAGAUAUGGGGUGUUAGGGUUGAUAUCCUGGGUACAGGGUAGAUAUGGGGUGUUAGGGGUGAUAUCCUGGGUACAGGGUAGAUAUGGUCUGUAGAACUACACGUGUGGGGUAGAUAUGGUCUGUAGACCUACACGUGUGGGGUAGAUAUGGGGUGUUAGGGGUGAUAUCCUGGGUACAGGGUAGAUAUGGUCUGUAGACCUACACGUGUGGGGUAGGUACGGGGUGUUAGGGUUGAUAUCCUGGGUACAGGGUAGAUAUGGUCUGUAGAACUACACGUGUGGGGUAGGUACGGGGUGUUAGGGGUGAUAUCCUGGGUACAGGGUAGAUAUGGUCUGUAGACCUACACGUGUGGGUUAGGUAUGGUCUGUAGAGCUACACGUGUGGGGUAAGUACGGGGUGUUAGAGUUGAUGUCCUUGGAACAGGGUAAUCAUUGGUUUGAGAAAACAUAUUUCUGCCUCAUUUAAAGACUUUGUGUAUCUGUAUAUUACCUAAAACAGCUGAUAAUACAUUAUGUAUACUUACUAAUAAAGCUAACUAUACUUGUUUUAUUGUUUUAUAAUGUACACAGUAUAUAAUGUAUGUCAGGCGUUAUACUUACAGGGUUCUUCAUGGGCACAGCUUCCCCAAUAUUUAAACUUUUUCUGGGAAAGAGGAUCAGUCAAUUAUUGAAGUGAGACAAAAUUGCUUUCCUCGUUAAUCUGUCAAUAAGAUAUGGCCAGGUUUAGUUUUACAAUAACCAAAGAUUAUGAUAAAGGGAAAGGAAAAUACACUGAUUUCUUGUUUAACUUUUUUUUCUCUGUAUGAUCUGGUUAAGAGAUAACAGGUAUAGUUUUGUAAGUGUACCCAGAUAAGGUCUCCUGCAGUAGUAUUUAUUAUUUUAUCAGUUUAAGUUUUGUUAAAUCCACAGGGGCUAAUUAAGUGACGAGAGACCAGACCAUGUGGUUAUUUUUUUCUUUCUGGGUCAUAUCAACGUGCCAAGCCCCUGUGAUUAAAACCAUGUAUGUAAGUGUUAUAUUGGGAUACUGGACUGGGCUGUCCUCAAAUCGAUUUGAGUACACAAUGGAAAUAUUUGUAUAAAUAUUUUUGUAUUAAUGUCAGCAAUUAACAGAUGUAUAUAUAGAGAGAAGUUUAGAUGUAUUUAUUUCAUAUACAUUUAAGUGUAUAAAAUAUAUUCUCCCUUUAUUGAUUACUGCCAGAGGAAAGGUUUUCAAUUAUAAAUUAUAUAACAUUUUUUGUAGAUAUGAUUAAGUUGAUGCCAAUCAAUGUUUGUGUAUAUUAAGACUCAUUUAUAAACAUUUAUAUACUAAUAUACUGGAAUUACCUGAUAUUAAAAACAAUACUUGUACAACAUUGUUUAUGUGCAAUACAAAUGCCACAGAAAAAGAGACAAUUUUAUAAGAAUAAAAUUGUCAAAAUGUU